AUGGGUGGAGGAAAGGCUCAGCAGCACUUCACCAGCCUCACACAACCCUGGGUCCCUUCCCCACACCAAAACCUCGUGCCCCCUGCUGCCCCUCCUACACCUGCUCCUACACCUCCAGCUGCCCAUGCCACCUUCCAUCCUCCGGCCCCGCUACGCCCUCGUCCGACCCUGGCACCCAUCCUGCCAGCUCACUCCCGCACAGAAAUCCCCUCCCGGCCCCCUCCUUCCGACUCCUCAGCCCCGCCCACCCCGGCUCUGCCCCGCCUCCCGCUCGCGAGCCCCGCCCCCUGCCCCGGAGGCUCGGCCAGGGGCGGAGCCUGUCCCCCCGCCCCUCUCUCCCCCGCCCCCGACCGUCACGCUGAGGGGCAGCCUGACCCCGGGCGGCCCCGCGGUGACCCUCGCGCAGAGGCCUGUGGGAGGGGCGUCGCGGGUCCCCGGCAAGCCCCCCGUCAGUCCCCCGCCCGCCCAGUCUCCUCCCCCUGGGGACGCGCCGGGUGGGUGACAGACCUGGCCGCGCGCCGCCACCACCGCGCCUGCCGGGGGCGCUGCCGCUGCCGGGGAGCGAAAGCGCGGCUGACGCCUGGAGGAGGAGGUGCCGCCGCCCCCGCCGCCGCUGCCGCCGCCGCCGCCAGGGAUGCACUCUGGCUCAAGUCUGAAACCAAAGCCUGCCAACUGGACAGUGGAGGACUACACCCAACACUCCUGAGGACUUGUGACCAGCUCCAUUGUUCUCUGCAAGCAGUGUCCUCACCCCCUACUUUAUCUGACAGAGACCUUGAAGGACUCUUCCACAUCUAGGCUAAGCUGCUGGCUGCUUCCUCCUCAAGAUUUCCUGGCCUAACCCUGGUGUUUGUUGAAGGACCGAAUAAAUAAAAGCACUCACCCAA